AUGUUUCAUAAGAUUUUUCUUGAUUCAUUAAUUACAAAAACUAUUAGAUAUAGCACAGUCACCCCAACAUCUAUUACAAUAGAAUCUACUGAUAAUUUUGAUACAAUAACUGAGCAAAUUAAGUCACAAGGAAUUACAAAGCUUAUAAUUGGUAGUAGUUUGCAGGAAUUACCAAUCUUCGAUGGCUUGCGCUUAGUUAGAUACCUUGAAAUCCAAUCAACUCAAUUUGAAUCAAUUCCAGAAGAAGCAUUUUCCAAUAAUCAAAAUAUCCAAUCAGUUGUUUUAUCUUCAAGUAUUACAAAUAUAUCAGCAAAAGCGUUCUCAAACUCAUUUAUUCCCCAAAUCAAUCUUGAAAACGUUAUUUCAAUUGAAUCUGAAGCAUUUUCUAAUUGUUCCAAUUUAGAAGUAGUUACUUUAUCAAGUGUACAAACUCUUGGUUCUUAUUGCUUUUCAAAUACAGCAGUGAUUGAAAUUCAACUUUCAGAUAGCAUUACGGUUAUCCCAGAAUAUGCAUUUUAUAAUUGCCACAAUCUUACAACCUUUAUUUCAAACUGUAAUUCAUUUGGUUCGUAUUCGUUUUACAAUUGUACAUCCCUCACAACAUUUAAUUAUAAUUUCAUGUCAUUACAAAAUUUUGGAACUGAUGUUUUAACAAACACAGCAUUAGAAGAGCUUUCAAUACCAUCUUGGUGUCUUUAUGACUCUCAAAUCAAGCAAUUGCCUCUCAAGAAAUUAACUGUUUCAAGCAACAAUAACUAUAUUGAUAGAGAUAAUAUAAGACAUUAUUAUUAUCAAUAUAAUCACUGGAAACAAUUGAAUAUACAAAAGAUUCAAAUUUAA